AUGAAGAUGUCCUCGGGACAUGCAGUUUGGAUUCACCUGCUGCAUGACUCUGUGCUGUUGGAGGAAACUCCACACUGUCGACCCCUGCGUGUUGAGUUCGAGGACAGUUUUCAAGUCGCCUGUCAACCAGAAGAAAGAAGGCAUGCUGCUAUAUGGGGUCAUCAUCAUCAUCUGGAGAGUGUCGGCCUCUUUGCAGAGUUUUCUGUCAAACAACUCAUCAGCACGAACAUCAGCUUCAGGUUUUAUCUGACUGCACAUCUAAACACCAAAACCAGGGUGAGGGGACAUCAUCGCCACCGGGGUGAGGAGACGGAGGAGGACAGAGGAGAACGGGAGAGGAGGACGUCUGCUCUCAUUCUGCUCGUCAGCCUCAUCGCAGAGGGGCACGUUGCCACGGCGACGCCUGAGCGAGGGCUCACCUGCCGACAGGAGAUCCCCGCCGAGCUGAUCCGAGAGCUGUGGAGCCGGACCAAACAGCUGAUCAACAAGCUGCCGAAAGAAGAGAAGUUCUCCAGGCGACACCGACUGCUGCCAAAGUUCUGCACCAAAUGUUCAGAGCGUGCCAUUGGCUGGCUGGAGGUGCGGGAACUGAUUGAUGUCUACCAGAGGAGUGUGUUCAGGAGCGAGGUCGUCCAGAAGCUCCUCCCCCUCCACUACAACGACCUGCUGCACCGAAUCCAACACACGCUGCAGCACUGUGUUUCCUCCUCUAAACCUUCAAAAUGGUUCAAAAUCAUCAAGAAACUGGAGAGAAAAAUUAAAAAGAGGAGGAGAGACGAAGGAGCGCUGAAGGCCGUCGGAGAGUUCACCUUCAUCCUCAGGUGGAUCGAUGAGCUGGCUCAGCACCACGUCCUGUAGAGCCUCGUCAUCAUCAGCAGCCGAAUUAUCGUCGUCAGUAUUGUCACCGUCACCUUCAUCAUCAUCAUUUGCAGUUUUAUUUAAAUCUGUUUAGUUUGAUUUUUCAAAAUGAGUUUGGAUCGCUGCCAUUGUUACACCUUCUCCUCUGGGAAUCGACUGAGCUGUUUCAGGACACGAGGUUUAAAUGUUUCAGUGCCCAAAAUCUUUUUUAAAAUCUUUUGAUCUGUUACGUUAAAAAAAAGUGGUGUUUUGUUUGUAGGUAACGACACUGAGCCUCGAUCACCGUCAGCAGAAGCGGUCUGAGCAGCAGCUUCUAAAAAAGGUCUUUAAUCGUAUUUUAUUUUGAAGUACUGAUUCGUGUUUUAAAUGUUUAACAUUUGUAUUAAUGUAGCUCUAUUUACAGGAUAAGUUAUUUUUCAGAAAAUAUUUAUUGUAUUUGAGUAUUCACUGAAGAAGUG